AUGAAAGAAAAUGUAAAGAUAUUAUACAUUCAUGGGUUUCACGUUUUUGGAGAAAGCAAGAAACAAAAAUUAAUUGAAAAAGUUGUUGGAAAAAAAAAUUUAAUAACAACAGGAAUAAAUCAAAGGCGUAGCAUUAGUUCAUUUAUAUUUUUCCUUAUAUUUAUAAUAUGUGUUAUGUUAUUUAACAUUUAUGUAUCUUACCGUUUUUCUGUGACUUCAAUAUUUGUUAUAACAAUAGCCUUAUCGGUAAUUAUAACUAUAAUUAUAUAUUUUAUUGGAUCCCACUUAAUUCUAUAUUAUAUUAUGAAAAAAUCAAUUAAACAAGCAGAACAAAAAGUGCAAAUGUAUAACCCAGAUGUUGUUGUUGGAAUUUAUUUUGGAGCUGUAGUAGCUAUGAAUCUUAACUAUAAAAAUGGAAAAAAAUCUUUAGUUCUUAUAUCUCCCUCUGUUAAAACUUUUCAAAAAUUCACUCAUAACUUAGAACCUGACUUAUCUACAUUUCCAUAUGUUAUAAUAGUUAAUGGAUCUAAUGACAUGGUAACACCAGUGAACGUUUGCGAAGAAUUGAUAUCUACAGUUCCUCUAGGGAAGGGAAGAUUAGAAGUAGUAGAAGAUAAUCAUUAUUAUUCAAAACUAAAAGAAUCUGAUUUUAAAGCAUGGAUAAAAGAAGCUAUAUACAAACCUUCUACAUGUGUAGUUAAUGUUGCAAAGCAUUUAAAAAAUGAAAAAAUGGGUAAAAAAAUUACAGUAAAUACUCAAAGUUUCAAUGAAUUUUCUUCAUUUGAAAAUUCCAACAGUAAAGAAGAUGAUCCUUUGGUGUAA